GCAGCAUUUCUGCUUUCACAGCCGAGGAUCAUCUGUCUCCGUGCGCGUUUUCACGUCUUGGGCCAUCUCCAGUGAUGUCAUUGUAAAGGUGGGUGUCAGCGGGUGCGAGGAUCCUGCCCAAAGCCAGCAGUUCACAUCUGGGAGGUGAAGUCCUCUGGAACAAGAGGCUUCUGACUGAUUUGUUCACUCAGGGCUUCCCUCUUACCGCUGCCUGCUCAACUUGGACUGGUCGCAGACAAGAAGUCUGACCAAAAUGUUGCUCAUCCAGUACAUUUUCUGCUGUAGCCUAUUAGUUCUACUGGAGCUGGUUGUAGCCCAGUACGAGCACCUCGGCUAUCCACCAAGCUAUUUGGAGCCAGAGCAGGAGCAGUACUCUGGUCCCCAGCUAACGCCUGACACGCCCAGAAUUCAGCUCAGGCUGGGAGGAGACAAGAGGAAACACAACGAGGGUCGUGUAGAAGUUUUCUACAACAACCUAUGGGGAACUGUCUGCGAUGACGACUUUUCGAUCCACGAUGCACAAGUUGUGUGCCGAGAGCUGGGCUACUUGGAAGCAGUUUCAUGGUCACCAUCAGCAAAGUAUGGGAAAGGAGAAGGACCCAUCUGGUUUGACAAUCUCCACUGCACUGGCAAGGAAAAGACUUUGGCGCUGUGUCCCUCAAAUGGGAUUGGUGUUUCGGACUGUAAGCACAGCGAAGAUGUAGGCGUGAUGUGCAGCGACAAGAGGAUCCCCGGAUUUAAAUUUUUCAACAUUCUUCCCAACCAUUUGGAGAACCUUGACAUUCAAGUAGAGGAUGUGCGCAUUCGAGCCAUUUUGUCAUCAUUACGCAAGCGGAUCCCUGUGACAGAGGGCUACGUGGAGGUAAAGGAUGGUGGGAAAUGGAAGCAGAUCUGUAACACGGAGUGGAGCCACUUGGACAGCAGAGUCAUCUGUGGCAUGUUUGGCUUCCCUGGGGAGAGGAAAUAUAACGCCAGAGUCUACAAGAUGUUUGCUCGCAGGAGGAAGCCCUCAUAUUGGGAGUACGCCGUCAAUUGCACCGGCAACGAGGCCCAUUUGUCUAGCUGUAAACUGGGGAGGGAUAAAUCCGUGGAAUCCAAUGGAACCUGCGCAGAAGGGUUGCCUGUGGUGGUGAGCUGUGUCCCUGGAAGAGCCUUUGCUCCUUCAUCUGCGACUGGAUUUAAGAAGGCCUUCAGACAAGAGCAACCAUUGGUCCGUCUGCGCGGUGGGGCCAUAGUAGGCGAGGGCCGUGUAGAAGUGUUGAAAAAUGGAGAGUGGGGCACCAUAUGUGAUGACAAGUGGAAUCUGCUGUCUGCCACGGUGGUGUGUCGAGAGCUGGGCUUCGGUACAGCCAAGGAGGCCCUGUCCGGUGGUCGCCUCGGACAAGGCAUGGGCCCAGUCCAUAUGAAUGAAGUGCAGUGUUCUGGAUUUGAGAAGUCCAUCACAGAGUGUUCCUUCAACGAGGAGUCUCUGGGCUGCAGCCACGAGGAGGAUGCAGCUGUUAGAUGUAAUGUCCCUGCUAUGGGCUUCCAGGAGAGGCUGCGUUUGAGUGGAGGUCGAAAUCCCUUUGAGGGUCGUGUGGAGGUGCUGGUGGAGAAGAACGGCUCUCUGGUGUGGGGCACCGUAUGCAGUGAGGGCUGGGGAACCAUGGAGGCCAUGGUUGUCUGCAGACAACUGGGUUUGGGCUUUGCCAGCAAUUAUUUCCAGGAGGCAUGGUACUGGCAAGGCGAGGUGAGUGCAGACAGUGUGGCGAUGAGUGGCGUUCGCUGCUCUGGGACUGAGAUGUCUCUGUCCCACUGCCUGCACCAUGGAGCACACCUCAGCUGCUCCAAAGGAGGCGGCCGCAAUGCCGCCGGAGUCUCGUGCUCUGAGACGGCCCCUGACCUGGUGCUGAACCCUCAGGCGGUGGAGCAGACCACCUACAUGGAGGACAGGCCUAUGUUCAUGCUGCAAUGUGCUUUUGAGGAGGAGUGCCUGGCCUCCUCCGCCAAAGAGACGCCUCCCAACUCCUACCGCCGGCUGCUGCGCUUCUCCUCGCAGAUUCACAACAACGGUCAUUCCGACUUCCGUCCCAAAGCUGACCGACAGUCUUGGGUGUGGCAUGACUGUCAUAGCCAUUAUCACAGCAUGGAGGUGUUUACCCUCUACGACCUGUUUAGUCUGAAUGGAACCAAAGUAGCAGAAGGACACAAAGCCAGUUUUUGUCUGGAAGACUCAGAGUGUGAUGAAGGCAUUGAAAAGCAAUAUGAAUGUGCCAAUUUUGGAGAGCAGGGCAUCACCGUGGGCUGCUGGGACACAUACAGGCAUGACAUCGAUUGCCAGUGGAUUGACAUCACUGACCUAAAGCCCGGAGAUUACAUGUUCCAGAUAAUAAUCAAUCCAAACUACGAAGUGCCAGAGUCUGAUUACACCAACAACAUCUUGAAAUGUAGCUGUCGAUAUGAUGGCCAUCGUGUGUGGAUGUACAGCUGUCACAAUGGUGGCUCAUUAAGCACUGAGACCGAGCAGACGAUCCCAGGGCUCCUCAACAAUCAGGUCACCCACAGGUAAAAACCCACCAGCCAUUCACCCUCCCACAGGGAGAACCUCUGAAGCCCGCAGCCACUACACGUCUCCAUCUGUGGUGCAUACCUCCUGCCAGCCUCGGCCUUCUUCUUACACGCCCCCCCCAAAAAAAGAACAGCUCUAUUUUCACCAUCCUCCCUGCAAGAGAGCUGUUGAUGGAAUACAAUUUGAUAAAGUGUCAUAGGAACGUCUUUGUGAAUGUGCAGCACAGGAGAAAAAGAAGCUCAUGCAGGGUUCUCGUUUUAAAGCUUUCCUGCUUCAUUUAAUGUCGGGGGUGACUGCAAGGGACGCUUGGCAUUCAGGCCUUCCACAACUUUUUAAAAGGUUUCCCAUCCACUGCAGCACCUCUAUCUAAUGCAACAAUGAUGAUGGGAAUGUCUGUUUAUUCACCUAGAAGACAAUUUAAGAGAUCACUGAUGUUCGCUUAAAAUAUCCCAAAAGUGUUGGACAAAAUCGGUGUCAGAGCUUUGAAGUUUCUCCACCCUACACCUAUCCAACCAUAUACAGUAGCUUUACGGACCUUGCUUUGUGUGUUGGAGCGCAGUCAUGCUUGCAAAAAAAAAAGGGGGAUUGUCAAACAUUUGCAACAAAAUUGCAAUCA